AUGAAUCAAAGUAAUCCAGUGGUGCAAGAAUUCAUCAUAGUUGGCCUCCCAGGAAUUCAAGACAGAUGCAGCAAAAACAUUCUUUUUAUUGCCCUGCUGUUGUUCUACCUUUGUAUCAUUCUCAGUAAUCUUCUCAUUAUGUUUGCUUUUCUGACCGACCACACCAUGCACACCCCCAUGUACUCGCUGAUUUUUAGCCUUGCUUUUUUAGAUCUGAUGAGCUCCACCACCACGGUUCCUAAGUUCCUGGCUGUUCUUAUCUCAGACUCCGGUGUGAUUUCCAUCACCGCCUGUUUUACUCAGAUGUUCUUUUAUGGAUUCCUGAAAGCAGCUGAAGCCUUCCUCCUUGGGGUUAUGGCUUAUGACCGCUACCUCGCCAUCUGUAACCCACUACACUAUUUCACAAUUACAUGCAGUAACCUGGUUUGGAAACUCAUCUUCUGCUGUUGGGCCUUAGCCUUCUGUAUUGUUGUUGUUCCAAUGACUUCAACCGUCAGGCUGCCCUUCUGUGGGCCCAACAAACUAGUCCAUUUUUUUUGUGACCAUUCCACGGUGAUAAAGUUAGCUUGUGGAGACCACCUCAUCAGCACUUACACUGGCUUUGGUGUAGGCCUCUGUAUCAUGAUAACCCCUUCGUUUUACAUUGUUUAUUCCUAUUUGAUGAUUAUUAAGUCAGUUUUUAAAAUUAAGAGCUCCAAUGGGAGACUAAAAGCCCUGUCUACUUGCAGCUCACACCUUCUGGUGCUUUCUGUUUUCUAUCUGGUAGGUGCAGGGGUCUUAAUUUCAAGCAGAAUUCCAUACAAGUCUGGAGAUGUCCCCAUUAUGGCUGCAUUCCUCCAGAAUGUGACACCUCCUUUAAUUAACCCGAUAAUUUACUGCCUGAAGACGAAAGAGAUGCAGGCCCACGUGGUGAAGCUGAUUAAAAAGAUAACUUAG